ACGACCACCCCUUCUCCUCCCAACGAGCAGACACGAAAGCCAUGUCCGCCACUGUUGUGCAGCUGCAUCCUCCUAGCACCACUGCUGCGACUCAGGAGCCGUUUCAGACGCAGGGACGCACGCUUGCCUCGCCCGCCGUGACGACCGCCUCAGACGUGCACUGCACCUCGUGCCCGCCGGCUUCAAGGCCAAACAGAGACAUCGAGAGCGUGUCCGUAGAAGAGUCUGUAGCGUUUCCCGAGGUGCAAAACGACGCGCAGCCCGACUCCUGGAACCAGGUGCUUCGUGGCAACCCGCCUUUCCGCCCUCUGAACCGCAACGUCGACUUCAGUAUCCGGCCCUUGGGAGCCAAUGGAGUCGAGCGGACCUUUCUCAUCUUUAUGUUGUCAGGUGUGAUGAUCCAGAAUUGGGCAAACGUCGCUUGGCGCUCCACCAUCGGAAGGUUCACCGACCGCGCGUUCCUGUUCAAGCUUGGAGGGACGUGGUAA